UGGUUGAGAGGCGGGAUCUAAACAAACACACGGUAGAGCACAGAGAGAAAAAGAGAUGAGAAAGGAGACCGACUGAGUUGAACUAACAGUGAAGUAAAAGAGGGAAAUUAAUAAGGAUACUACAGCAGUAUUAAGAAGGUGGAUGCUCUGAAAAGCCUGAAAUCUCUGGACCCAGACAAGUGCAGCUUUGUCCGAUGGUACGAGGAUUUCACGGACAAAGACCAUGUCUGCCUGGUGUUUGAGUACCUGGACAAAAGCCUGAAUGAUUUCAUAAAGGAAAGAAGUCUCCAACCUAUCCUAUUGAUGGAGAUCAGACCGAUUGUCCAGCAGCUAGCCACCGCUCUCUAUCACUUGAAGGCUGCUGGGAUGAUACAUGCAGACCUCAAGCCGGAAAAUGUGAUGCUGGUCAACCAUCUACGGGAGCCCUUUAGAGUCCAAAUUAUAGACUUUGGCCUGGCCUGUAACAUCUCAGCUGCUAGGACGGGCUCAUGUAUUCAGAGCCUUUUUUUCUGAUCUCCAGAGAUCAUUUUGGGGUAUCCAUUCACAGAGGCCAUAGACAUGUGGCUGUUGCUCUGUAUUCAGCAGCUGAAGAAAUCCAUCGACUGGGACCGCCCCGUCAAGAAGGUGCACUGCCUGCGUUGUCGAAAGGGGGAUAAUGAAGAACUGCUCAUACUUUGUCACGGCUGUGAUGAAGGCUGCCACACCUACUGCCACAGGCCUAAGAUCCCCACAGUUCCUGACGGCAAAUGGUUCUGUCACAUUUGUCUAGCCAAGCAGAGCGCUCAGUUCCUCCGGAGCAGGAAGCAACAGAACCGAACAUUGGGGGGAGGGAAGCGAGGCAGGGACAAGCUUGACAGCCGUGGGUUCUGUGCCAAAAAAGCCAAACUGGCCAAAGACGAAAGAGAUUGGCUGGAAAUGUGCCUGUAGGUAUGAACGCAUUCUCACUGCGUGGAUAGAAAACCGCAUUUAUUUCCUCUCACUGUUAUAAGCGCAAACAUUGGGGGAGUGUGACGAGACCAAAGGAGGAACCCAUUAGAUUUAGUUGUGGAUUUUUUACUUUAACAUUGCAAGAGAGGAUGUUUCGCAACAUUUUUGCUAAUUUCUCAGAGAAUGAUUUAUGGAUCUUCGUGAAAAAAACGGGACUGGUAUUUAUGUGCGUGUGCAGAUCCAAAUAAAAAUCCAGAUGUAAAGAAUCUAACUGUGGUUUUGUCAGGGGAGUGUUGUUGGUCAUCUAGUUAGAUGAGCUUUGAUGACAUGUCCAAUCAUCCUUGUUCACUGUAAAAAUCUCUUUCAAACUUUUUCACAAAUAUCUGAAUCUAUAUUAAAAGCUCAGCUUUGGCGA